AUGCCGCCAAGAACCUCACGAUCACCAGCCUAUGGGGUAUCGCCCAAGCAGAAAUGGUCGAAAUCACUCCCUACAACCAAUCAUCCUUCAUCUCAUUCAUCUUCCUUCCCACUCUCUUCGGUAGGUAUGAUCCCCCACAGUGUACCUCGGCCAAUACGGCGACCUAAGAAAAUCCUCUAUCUCAUGGUGAUCUUCUUCUUACUUUAUUGGUUCGGUAUAAGGCAUGGACUAGGUAUAGAACGUAUACCGCCUCCUCCAUUAGGAUUUUCCGUUCCAGGAGGAAGGAGGGGUAGGCGAUCAUCGUUGUUUUGGGGAAAUAAAGGUACAGCAACUUUAUUACCUCCCAUACAGGGGUUGAAACCUGAACAUCCAAUAUACGAAUUGAUGGAAAAAGCCGAAACUCGUUGGACCAACUUGUUGAACUCUCAAUCGAAAACAUUACAACAAGCUGUAAAUGAAUAUAAGAGACGAUAUAGGAUGUCACCACCUGCAGGGUUUGAUGAAUGGUUUGCGUUCUGUCAGAAGAACGAUAUAAAGAUAGUAGAUGAAUAUGAUCAACUGAUGAGGGAUCUUUUACCCCAUCAUGCACUUCCUGCUCAGACGUUCAUAGCUAGAUCAAAAGCAUUAGAAGGGACUGGGUUCACGUAUACUCUGGAUAUAAGUAAACAGGGUGUAGCAUUGACGGGAGAAAGGUCAAAUGCAGCGAGACCGAAACAUCUUCAAGGUUUGAUAGGAGGAUUCGUGAAUGAUCUACCAGAAGGUUUCUACCUGAGAGUGACGGGGAGUGAUCAUGAUACGGGUAGUGUGGUUCUGGGUAAAGACCAAAGGGAGAGAGCAAUGUCACUGGUGAGGGAAGGUAAACAUUUCGAUGAGACGGAAUUGAAAGCCUUGGAAGAUCCCAAUAGAACACCAGCAUGGGGUUGGUUUAAAGCUUGUCCUCUUGAAUCCCCGGCUAACAUCCGACCAGGAGCAGAGAAUGCAACAGAUGCUGUACUGCCCAAAUCGUUCAUAUUCGAUCAUCUUCCAACUAUGGACUUCUGCGAAUAUCCCGAACUCAAGCGUCUACAUGGUGCCAUGUCCCUAGAUUACGCGCAUAGAUCCCCAUCGAUCUUGAAACCCAUCUUGGUAUUAUCUAAAUUCCCUGGAGAUGCAAGCUUUCAGACCACUCCGAUGGAAGCGUACAUGAAUAUCACCGAAUCUGACGUUCCUUAUCUGGGCAGCUGGGAGGAUAAGACGGAUAACAGGUUGUUUUGGAGAGGAUCGACCACUGGUGGAUAUGGUGGACAAAGAGAUUGGAAGGAAUCACACAGGAUGAGAUUACAUUUGAUGAUCAACGGUCCGAAGGGUGGGGAUACGUGGUGGAAUCAGCAGUUAAGGGAGAUAAUGGUUCCGGAUGGUGAAGGGGGUUACAAGGUUGUGAGAAGAUGGGAAAGGGUAUUAAGUAAGGCUUAUGCGGAUGUGAAAUUGUCCGGAAAACCUGUACAGUGCCCCAACGCAGAUGUCUGUCAACAAGUAGCCGAUACCAUCGAGUUUGGCGAGAGAGUAUGGCCCGACCAGGCGGCAGCAUUCAAAUAUAACCUAGAUGUAGAUGGAAACGGUUGGUCAUCUAGAUUUCAUAGAUUGUUAAGUUCUGGUAGUCCCGUCAUCAAAUUCACCAUGUUCCCAGAAUGGCAUAUGGAGUGGUUAACCCCAUGGUAUCAUUACAUACCCCUAAAACCGGAUUAUUCAGAUUUAUACGAUAUAAUGGCAUUCUUCGUCGGUCCAGUUGACGAAGCUGGUAAUAUAGAUACGACAAAAGGUCAUGAUUAUCUAGCACAAAAGAUUGGUGAAGCCGGUCAGAAAUUCGCAUUGGAACAUUGGUCAUGGGUUAACAUGCAAGCUUACACAUAUCGAUUAUUACUUGAAUUACAGAGAUUGCAUUCUGUAGAUAGGGAUCUGAUGAGUUACAAAGAACCUGAACCUCGUAAGCAGGGAUAA